GCUCCACGUCUGGUCUGCGCUGAGUCUGCAGAAACCCGCGGGAUGCGCGCAGCCCCGAAGAUCUGACAACUCGCACGACAUCCGGCUCCCACUUCCUUCCUUUGCCGGUGCCUGGGCUUUUAUUAGCAUCCUUGGAUCCCACGGUUUCCUUUCUGAGCAAAAAGCCUUUCUCCCACCAGAGCAGGGAGCCGCCUGGAGACUGGGUGAGAAGGAAGCCGCCAGCCACCUAGAAGGAUGUUUCUGGAGCUGCCGGUGACAGACAGACAGACUCAGCCUUUUGCUUCCACGUCCAUCCUGCCCCCAGGAAAGUCCCGCAUUCUUCGGAGAAGUUUCCGGAAAGGAGUCUGCUGCGUAAUGGUUGGUCAGGCACCAAGGGCCUGGGCAGGGGCGUCACAGUUUCCCCUACGGAGGCACAGGACACAGCUUCCCGAUAUAAACCCACGCCCGGCCCCAGCUCCCAGCAGGCCCAGCCCAGAGCCGGAGGAAUCCGCCUUCCACAGACCCCCUGGCAGCCACAGGCAGGAAAACAUGGAUGGUCGCCGGCCAGGAUGGCUCCCCGGGGCCGCCCCAGGAGCACGAGAGGUUCGCCAUGGAGCCCUUCUGCCCGCUCCUGCUGGCGGGUUUUAGCCUGCGGCUCGCCAAGGCUUUCACGGUCAACGAGAGCACCCCAGCCGACAGCAACUGGACCUCCACAACCUCAGAGCCUCAGGCCCCAGGCGCCCAGCCGCUGCUGGCCUGGCUGCUGCUGCCCCUGCUGCUCCUGCUGCCCCUGCUGCUCCUGGCCGUCUACUUCCUCCGGUUCAGGAAGCACCGGAAGGCCACCGUCAGCGCCGGCGACAGGAAGAUGCCCAAUGGGAUCCUGGAGGAGCAAGAGCAGCAAAGAGUGAUGCUUCUCAGCAGGUCCCCGUCGGGGCCCAAGAAGUACUUCCCCAUCCCGGUGGGGCGGCUGGAGGAGGAGAUCCGGGCCCGCUCGGCCGACGACUGCAAGAUGUUCCGCGAGGAGUUCCACUCGCUGCCGUCCGGACACAUGCAAGGAACGUUUGAACAGGCCAAUAAAGAAGAAAACAGAGACAAGAACAGAUACCCCAACAUCCUUCCCAAUGAUCAUUCCCGGGUGAUUUUGAGCCAGGUGGAUGGAACGCCUUGUUCGGACUACAUUAAUGCUUCAUACAUAGAUGGUUACAAGGAGAAGAAUAAAUUCAUAGCAGCUCAAGGCCCUAAGCAGGAAACAGUGAAUGACUUCUGGAGGAUGAUCUGGGAGCAGAAGUCUGCGACCAUCGUCAUGUUGACGAACCUGAAAGAAAGGAAAGAGGAGAAGUGCUUUCAGUACUGGCCGGACCAGGGCUGCUGGACCUACGGACACAUCCGCGUGUGCGUGGAGGACUGCGUGGUGCUGGUGGACUAUACCGUCCGCAAGUUCUGCAUCCAGUCGCUCUCCGAUGGCAGCAGGGCCCCGCGGCUCCUGUGCCAACUGCACUUCACCAGCUGGCCCGACUUCGGGGUGCCCUUCACCCCCAUUGGGAUGCUCAAGUUCCUGAAGAAGGUGAAGACGCUCAACCCCGCACACGCUGGGCCCAUCGUGGUACACUGCAGCGCGGGCGUGGGUCGGACGGGCACCUUCAUCGUCAUCGAUGCCAUGAUGGACAUGAUGUACGCGGAGCAGAAGGUGGACGUCUUCGAGUUCGUGGCGAGAAUCCGCAAUCAGCGCCCUCAGAUGGUGCAGACGGACGUGCAGUACACGUUCAUCUACCAGGCCCUGCUGGAGUACUACCUCUACGGCGACACGGAGCUGGACGUGGCCUCCCUGGAGAAGCACCUGCAGACGCUGCAGGGCACCGCCACCCACUUUGACAAGAUCGGGCUGGAGGAGGAGUUCAGGAAAUUGACGAACGUCCGGAUCAUGAAGGAGAACAUGCGAACGGGCAACCUGCCGGCGAACAUGAAAAAGGCCCGAGUCAUCCAGAUCAUCCCGUAUGACUUCAACCGCGUGAUCCUGUCCAUGAAAAGGGGCCAGGAGUACACGGACUACAUCAACGCUUCCUUCAUCGACGGCUACCGACAGAAGGACUACUUCAUCGCCACACAGGGGCCCCUGGCGCACACGGUGGAGGACUUCUGGAGGAUGGUGUGGGAGUGGCGGUGCCACACCAUCGUGAUGCUGACGGAGGUGCAGGAGCGAGAGCAGGACAAAUGCUACCAGUAUUGGCCGACAGAGGGCUCCGUGACUCACGGCGACAUAACCAUCGAAAUAAAGAGCGAUGCCCUCUCCGAAGCCAUCAGCGUCCGUGACUUCCUGGUCACCUGCAAUCAGCCCCUGGCCCGCCAGGAAGAGCAGACGCGCGCUGUCCGCCAGUUCCACUUCCACGGCUGGCCGGAGGUGGGCAUCCCGGCCGAGGGCAAGGGCAUGAUCGACCUCAUCGCGGCCGUGCAGAAGCAGCAGCAGCAGACAGGCAACCACCCCAUCACCGUGCACUGCAGCGCGGGCGCGGGGCGCACCGGUACGUUCAUCGCCCUCAGCAACAUCCUGGAGCGCGUGAAGGCGGAGGGGCUGCUGGACGUGUUCCAGGCGGUGAAGAGCCUCCGCCUCCAGAGGCCGCACAUGGUGCAAACGCAGGAACAGUAUGAAUUCUGCUACAAAGUGGUACAAGAUUUUAUUGAUAUAUUUUCUGAUUAUGCUAAUUUCAAAUGAAAACUCCUGCCUUAAGAUAUUUUUUAAUUUAAUGGUCAGUAUAUUUUGUAAAAAAAAAAAAUCAUGUUAAUUUAUUUCAUAGUUGACAUUAAUUCCCCUUUCUAAUGUCUUUGUAUAUAUCUUGUGACGCUUUCAAGGCCGCCGGCUAUGAAGUUACUAUGUCGCGAAGGCCCCCUUUUAAAAACUGGAAUAAUGUAUUAAGGUCAGAUACUGUCCCAUAAAGUAUAUAUUUCGCUAAUACCAGUAAAUGUUUUAAUUUCUCAUUAGAUUCAUAUCAUUUAAUUCCUCACACUCAGCACCUCUAAAUGUUAUAAAUCGUAAUGUGCCACGUGUACAAGAUGCUAAGCACAGCGUUCACGAGAAAACAGUCGGGGACUCAGAAAUCAGGCGGGAAUUCGCCUUCUGAAGGCUGAUUUGUCGGCCUGAGCCGCAGCAUUUUUUUGAGGACAGACUGUUCCUGAAGCUACGCCAUAAAGAGUGUGUUUUGUAAAGUCCUCGGUCCCACCCACGUGGUUUCCCUUUUACAAUUUAAAGAUCCAAGAAGGCCACGCAGCCUGAAUCCAGGUCUGCAGUUAGCGACUGUGCAGUGAGAGGAACACAAAGCCGUGUCCAGGGCCGUGCCCGUGCCACCGGGGCCCGAUGACAGGAGAAGACCCAGGGGGCCCGGUUCGCCCCUGGCUUUGGAUGCAGCCAAAGCGGCCUUCCGAGCGGCACCCCCACAGCGCCCCCUGCUGUCCGUCCCUCUGCGUGUUUGACGCAGAUGAAUGCCUUUCUCGCUCUGGUCCCAUUGGCCGCAGCUGCCAGCGUGGGCGGCGGGUCUCCCAGGGGCCCCACCUCGAAGCACUUCCCUCUCCCCCAAAAGUUCAGGUCAAGCCCCAAGCCCCGCACCCACGGGAGCCAGGAGCGCGCGCUUGGUAGAAAGAGCAGCACGACCACAGGUAACGAUGCUUUAAACUUUCUGAGAAGCGUUUUGGUACUUAAAUACCCCUUGUAAAAACUCAGACUGUUUGUAAGAAAAGAAACCCUAAAAUCUAGAUUUAUACCGUUUUUUAAAAGUCCCGCUCCGCAGUGUUUAAUUGGAGAAGAGAAAGGCUAGCUUAUUUUUGGAUGGAAAUACUACGGAGACCUUGGACAUGGAUGAUCAUGACCCCCGGCCGGACAGGACCGGCUCAUGGGGUAAAAUAGAAGGGCGCGGGGGGGGGGGGGAAUGAAGGUAGGCAGGUUUGAUUUGGUAGCUAGUCAUCUUUCUAUGGCCGUUCGUGCCUAGCAGAUGAGCACAACCUCAAACACCUGGUCUCACUGACGGACAGCAGCUCACCUGUGCAUUGUCGGUACGUCCGUUGCUUUUUAAAAGACAUAUCCACGCCUCGUUUGACAUUUCCUCUGCGAGCGGAUGGCACUGUUUCUCCUGUGUUCGUUGCCUGAGCCAGGCCCACAGCUGUGUCCGUGGCCAGUGCGCAGGCUGUACCCAGGCGGGGCCGGGUUCCAAGCACAGACUCACAGGUCACCAGGUUCCUGCCUCUCCCCGGAGCCCCACCCAAAGGCCAGCACAGGUGCCCCGCUGGGAAGACAAAAGCACAACUCUGGGAGGGCUGCCAUCUGCCAGCAGGCCGCAGCCCUGGGCUGUGCACACGGCACUGAUGCCACCUGCCGUCCUCUCCCUCUGGACACCCGGACCCCACACCUGGGCCCCGGAGGGAGACGCAGGGAGCGCUGCGAGGCAGGCUGGUUGGCUCCGUAGGUGCUCACUGCUAAAUCCCGAGCCCAGAGCCUGCCUUUGACCGAAGGGGAAGAGGCAGGGGCUUCGCUCGCCACCGAUCCUAGAACUAGAGCCGGCUGCCUGUCACUUAUUUGAGGGGCCCACGUGGAAGGGCGCGGAUUUGGGUCCAAAUCGAGGAGCCUUGCUCAGCAUCCUCCACGCCCUCCAAUGGGCUCCCUGGCACCUCCUGGAGGAGACGGAGACCCCCUCAGGGCGCCCUCAGGAAAGUGCCCCAGGGGUGUGCCCUCUGGCCCCUUGCGCCCUCCGGGUGUGCACCGCAGGUGUCCGGGUGCCCCUUUGGUCCUUCCAGUCCCAGAAACAAAGCAGAAGCCACUGUCCCUUGGGCACAGACCCUCCCCAGGUGGGGGCAGCCCGUGCUUGCCUUCCCUGGGGGCCUGUAAUGCAGCCAGCUGGCCCCGGGCAGGGGUCGGGGGAGCCCUCGGGACUCACCGCCUGUCUGCAGCCACGUGGGAGCUCUUCCCCCUCAGUCACUGAAGGUCCCCUCUGCACAGGGGCGCCACCCGACCUGGUUCCCCUGGCGUUUCCCUAUGUUGCACGCAGUUGAAUUCAAUGCCAAAUCCGAUCGGAAGGCUCCGGUUCUGACCUGUGUGCUUGGUCACCAUGUGACUCACUCACUCUCCGUGCGCUCAUGAGGAGUGCAGGCCGGGGCUCUAAAGGGUAUUUUUUAUGUGUUUUUAAAAACUUUCACAAUGAGCCUGGCAUCCGUUUCAGCACCCGGAGACAUGCCCGCGUGUUGUUUUUUUAAUGUCUGGUUACUGAUACUUGUGUGUAACUACGUCAUGUUUCAUUCAUGUGCGACCUUUCUAUGUAUGUACCCCGGUUUCACCCAUCUUGCCUCCUUUUAUUACAUUCAUCGUUUGCUCUUGUUCUGAUUUUGAUGCCACUGAAUGUUGCUGACGUCUUUGUACCUGCAGAUUGCAAGGUGGGAAACAUUCCGACGCAAGGAUAAACCUUUGCUUUGACUUCCA